AUGGCGACGCCAUAUCAUUCACUCUCCGCCAUUGCAAGUUCUAUUGUUAUUCUCUUUCUCUUAGUUCGCUCUAAUGCACAAGAUAAUGUUCCUCACCAUGGUGGUGUUAUUAGCGUCAACAUGAUCCAUCGUGACACACCAUCUUCUCCCUUAUACAAUUCGUCGUUAACUAAUUGGCAACGAGUAAGCAAUGCUUUGCGACGUUCACGUGAUCGCAUCAACCGUUUCACCUCAUCAGAAGAUGAAUCGCCUGAUCAUCUAAUGUACAGCGAAGGAGAUUACCUGGUGAACAUAUCAAUCGGUACACCACCAAGACCUUUCAUUGGAAUUGUUGACACCGGAAGCGAUCUUAUAUGGACACAAUGCAUGCCAUGCAGGCAAUGUUUCAAGCAAAACCCUCCUCUCUUUGAUCCAGCUUCUUCAUCAACUUACAGAGCUCUUUCGUGUAUGUCCAACGAAUGUCGUUUGCUAAGACCAGCCUCCUUUUGUUCCAGUAAUUCAAGCUCUUGUGACUAUCAAUAUUCAUAUGUCGACGGGUCUAAUACCACCGGAAACAUGUCCCUCGACACUGUUACGUUGGGUUCCACAUCCAUUCCCAAAUAG